AUGGGCAAGGAUCCCUCCACGGCCGCAAAACUUGAGGACGAGGAUUGGGGUCUUGGUGAUGAUGCCUACGUUGCUAUAUUCGACGUCUAUCACCAGUUGCACUGCCUGAAUACACUGCGGCGAAUUGCAUACAGUGAUUACUACAAUUCAAGCAAAGCUGGAGAGCACCACCAUACUCAGAAAGGAGAGAUGUACGAAGUACACAUUAACCACUGUGUUGACAUGCUUAUGCAGACACUGCAGUGCAGCGGUAACAUGAACUUGAUUACAUUGCAUUGGGUUGCCGAACAGGCGUACCCAUUCCCAGACAUGAGUGUGAACAAGCAAUGCGUCAAUUUCGAAAAGUUGACAAGCUGGCGAAAGGAGAACACAAUCGAUCUGGAUGAGUACGUGGAAAAGAUGCAGAAAAAGGAGGGCAAGGUUAAGGAGAUACCCGCGCCAGACGAUUACUACAAAUAUUUCAUGCCGGAGAAAGUUAACCCAAAUCAUUUGAACGGCGCAAAUCCUGGGAACGACUUCAAUCUGUAG